AUGGCCACACUCAAAGCACUUCCCGAGAGGGCACGAGAUGUGGGGACGAACUUGGCUAACCUCUUCAAUGAAGUUCGUCGCGACAUCCUCAGCCAGGCUGGCCGCAUCGGGCCAGAUUUGCGUAUUCUUCAUGGCGCGACCGAGACAGCCUUGGCCGGUGGCAUGAUAGAUGAUCGCGAGUACAUCGUUGAAAACAUUAUCCAACUCGCGGUCUCGCUACCCAAUGGCUCUAAAGUAAGAGAUGACCUCAACGCGGCUUUCAUUCAAAGAUUGUGGGACAACCUGCGACACCCACCACUUUCGUACCUGGGCGAUGAAUUCAGGUACCGCACCGCUGACGGAUCUAAUAACAACAUUUUAUACCCUCACCUCGGUGCGGCGGGAAGCCACUACGCUCGAAGCGUAGUAUCGACACACAAACGGACUUCUAUCCUGCCUGACCCAUCUCUCAUCUUUGACAGUCUCUUGGCCCGAAGUGACACUGCAAGAGAGAGCCCUGGCCAGGUAUCAAGCUGUCUCUUCUAUCUUGCAACCAUCAUAAUUCAUGACCUCUUCCAUACAGAUGAGAAGGAUAUAAAUAAAUUGAGGAAUUCGUCAUAUCUCGACCUGUCGCCCCUCUACGGUAAAAACAUUGAAGAGCAAACCAAGGUCCGGACUUUCAAGGAUGGGCGGCUGAAGAAUGAUGUAUUUGCCGAGAGCAGACUUCUUACACAGCCCCCUGGUGUUGGUGCUCUAAUGAUCGCCUUUAAUCGUUUCCACAACUACAUAGUUGGAGAAUUGGCAACCAUCAACGAGGACGGGCGUUUCAGUCUGGCAGAAGGCUUGACGCAGGGCCAACCAGAUUACAACAACGCAGAGCUGAAGCGCGACAAUGACCUGUUCCAGACAGGGAGACUGGUCACUUGUGGCCUGUAUGUGAACAUGAUCCUCUCGGACUACCUCCGCACUAUUCUUAAUCUCAACCGAAAUUCCAUGCCCUCUGACUGGAAACUUGAUCCUCGAGAGGAUUUCAGUCAAAUUUUCAAUUCGGAGGGGACUCCUCAGGGAAUCGGGAACCAGGUAAGCGUUGAAUUUAACAUGAUAUAUAGGUGGCACAGCGCUGUGAGUAGCCAAGACGAAGCAUGGGCGAAUGGCUUUUUCAAGCAAGUAUUCGGUCCCAAUGCCAGCCCUAGUACCAUGUCCACCGACGAGUUCCUGCAAGGGCUGCGUAAAUGGGCCCGGACACUUCCAGCGGACCUGGAGAACUGGACCUUUGGUAAUAUGACACGGCAAGAAGAUGGGACAUUUCCAGAUGCCGAAUUGGUUCGGCUUCUGCAAGCAGGAACUGAGAAUGUUGCUGGCAAAAACAUUCCCCGUGUCUUCAAGGCUAUCGAGGUCUACGGGAUACAACAAGGCCGUGAGUGGGGUUUAGCAACGUUGAAUGAAUUCAGGGCUUUCUUCAAGUUGAAGCCAUACACAAAGUUCACGGAUAUGAAUCCUGACCCGUCUAUCGCUGAAGCGCUGGAGGCAAUGUAUGGGCAACCAGAUAACGUCGAACUCUAUCCAGGGCUUCUGGCGGAAGACACUAAGAAGCCCAUAGCGCCGGGAUCUGGUUUCUGUCCUGGAUUCACCACCUCUUUCGCAAUCCUGUCUGAUGCUGUUGCCCUUGUCCGCGGUGAUCGGUUUUUCACGGUCGACUACAGUCCAUCCAAUCUAACUAGCUUCGGCUACACGGAGGUCAGUUCUGAUUUUGAUAUAGCUGGCGGCGGAGUGAUGUAUAAGCUCUUGAUGCGGGCAUUCCCUGGGUGGUACCGCGCAAAUAGCGUGUACGCUCUAUAUCCUUUCACCGUACCCGAAGCAACCCUAGAGAUCUCCAAGAAUCUCGGUACAUCGCAGAACCUGGACUUCAGCAAGCCUUCGUUUGUUGGGCCGCCGAGUCCAAUAGUUACGUGGCAGGGGGUGGUUGAUGUGCUCAGCGACCAGGAGCGCUUUCAUGUACCAUGGGGCAAUCACACAUUCCAGCUUACCCACCAUGGCUAUAUGCUCAGCGGGGACACCCCCGCGGAUACCGAGCAAAGAAAUUUUGUCAAGGGGUGUCUCUACAGUCCAGAGAAGGGACUCGAGGAAGUGAGGCAGUUUUAUGAGUCCAUCACCGCCAAGCUGAUUCGCCGGAAUAGCCGGAAUAUCGGCGAAUCCUACCAGGUGGAUAUAGUAAAAGACAUUGGAAACCUUGUCCACGCACAUUUUGUUUCUCAGUUCUUCGAAAUCCCUCUCCAGGAAAAUGGAGCUGGACCCGAAGGGUACACAGCCAGGGCGCUGAGUGAUGCACUUGCUGAUCUCUUCGGUUACGUUUUCCUUGACUUGGAUACUGCGGAGUCAUUCAAGAAUCGCGUUGUAGCUGCAGCAAAGACGAAAGAACUUGGCGAGAAAAUGCAAACGAUAGUUGCAGGGACUAGAGGGCAACUGUUCCCUUCGUUCCAUCAUCUUAUGCAGACAGCCUCCGGCGAUGGGGCUCUAAAAAGCUACGGCGCAGAGCUAACCAAUAGACUGCUCGGGUCCGGGAAAGAGGUCGACGAUACUGUGUGGACAAUUAUUCCCACAGCUGCUGCAGCAUGUGCUACCCAGGCGCAGGGAUGGGGUCAAAUGAUUGACUUAUACUUGUCUGACAAGUACUACUCUCAUUGGCCUGAUAUCCAGAAGCUUGCCAUGUCGGACGAGCCGGACGCCUUCGAUAAAUUGAAAAAGUACGCCUUGGAAGGCUUCCGCCUCUCAACUCCAGCAUUUGGGCUACUCCGAACGGUCGUUGCAGACAAAGCAGAUUUGAAAGAUGGCCCUCGCGUUGUGACUGUGAAGAAAGGUGACUCUAUAUUCACGGACUUCGUGACGGCUGGUGUGGAUCCUUCCAAAUUUCCUGAUCCAUACGAGAUCAAGCUGGAUCGGCCGGAUGAUCUGUACAUCCACCACGGCUGGGGUCCUCAUUCAUGUCUUGGUCGCCCGAUUGUGACUGUUGCUGGUGCUAGCAUGCUGCGUGUUUGUGCUCGAUUGAGCAAUCUCAGAAGAGCGCCAGGUCCUGCUGGAGAGAUGAAGAGCAAGACGGUAAAUAGCGCAUUCAAGAUGUACUUGGCAGAGAAUGGGAGCAAGUGGGGACCGUUUCCUGUUUCCAAAAAGGUCAUCUUCGACAGGAUCUCUAAUAUAUAA